GACAUCUUUUUCUAUUCACGCCUCUUUGUUUGAGCGCGUUGCUUAUCAACUCAGUCAAUUGCACAGUUUGUUGCAAACAUGGCUGGUUUCUCUGUGCGCGCCUUGGUUUCGCCAUGUAGGCGACGAUAUUUUCCCCGUCAAUUUACACGACGUUACGCUGUUCAAGCGCCCGGUGCGCCCAUACUCGAGAUUUUUAGUGCACAGCAAAAAUGGAUGCAAAAGGAGCGGGCUGCAAAAGAUGUUGAGACAAGUCGAGAUGUAGAUUAUCUAAGAGAUGAGGUUGCUUCAAGGUUGUGUGAGCGAGUCCUGGACAUAAACCGACAUUUCCCAAAAGUUCUCGACAUCGGUGCAAACGCAUGCAAUCUUUCUCGAGCGUUGACAUUGCCGUCCGAGGAUGCGCCAGAAAAGGGCCCGCGGUCCAAGCGCAUCGGUACCAUCACAGCCGCUGACUCGUCUCGAUCUUUACUCUACCGAGAUGCAGACUUGCCCUUCAACAAGGAAAUCGACAUUGUGCGAGAGGUUCUUCCUACCUCAGAGUUGCUACCUUAUGAGGCCAACACUUUCGAUGCGGUCCUGAGCAAUCUCAGUUUACAUUGGAUCAACGACUUACCCUCAGUCCUCGCCCAGAUCAACAACAUACUGAAACCCGACUGUCCUUUCAUUGGUGUCAUGAUGGGUGGUGACAGUUUAUAUGAGCUCCGAACAUCGCUUCAAUUAGCAGAGCUCGACCGGAGAGGCGGUGUCUCAACACACACUUCGCCACUGGCAGAUGUAAAAGACGUUGGUGGCCUGUUGCAAAAAGCUGGCUUCAACCUCCUUACCGUAGAUGUCGACGACAUCGUUGUCGACUUCCCCGACACUUUCUCACUGAUGAAGGAUCUACAGGCUAUGGGUGAAUCGAAUGCCGUACUGGCGAGAGAGAAGGGCGCCAUACAUCGAGAUGUGCUACUUGCUGCCGAGGGAAUAUACAAGGAACUCCAUGGAAAUGAAGAUGGGACACUACCUGCUACUUUCAGGCUUAUCUACAUGAUUGGCUGGAAGCCUAGUCCUAAUCAACAAAAGCCGCUCGAGAGGGGGACGGGUAUGUUUAGUAUCAAGGAUUACCUGGAGAAGAAUGGAGGAUCUGGAGAGGGUGAAAAGUAAAAAGUUCCAGAAUGCGGUCAUUGUAUCAUUAACAUCUAAUACCCUGUACACUUUUACCCAAGAAUAACGGAAUUCAUCUAUUGGUUCUGGGAAAGGGAUACUUCACAGAUUCGGGAGUCAGAAGCAGCACGGAGGCGACAGCGUCAGUCACAGUUGCAGAAUGGUAAGCUUACCAACGGUCGAUAAGAUAUUACCAGCCACCAGAGGUGCAGAAAAGUUCAAGAUAGGGCUGCUUCGUUUGCUCUUUGCUUA